UCCUCUGUCUCUGUCAGGGAAAUUCACCUCAACACUAGAGAGAAAAAGAACUCAGUAAAAUGACCAAACCAACAAGCAAAGUUACUUAUGCAUGAGGAAGGAACAAGUAUGAUGGAAGUUUGUGCCAUCAUCCUUUUCCUUAAGGACUGAUCCUUGCCGGGCUCAUUUUAUUGAAAGCACAAGUGGGAGGUUACAACAUUCAAACAAAGAAGCAAAGUCAAAUAGUUCAUUGGAGGUUCAGCAAAGAAGCUAAGUCAAAUAGUUGAUUGAAGGUGUCAUGUAAGGAACCAUUUGGGAAUGUUUACAGUUCAAUCAGCAUCUUGCCCUCCUGCUGGGGACAGUGUAUUGUGAACCCUUUCAUCCUAGCUUGGGACAGGAAGCAGGAGAGGACACUUAACAUCUGUUCCUAAAAUGUGAAAAGCUCCUCUGUAAGCUACAGCUUGUGUUAACAUUUUGAAAUACAUUUAAACAAUGAUAAGGAUAAAACAACUUAUUUCACAGUCUCGUAGGAAGAGAAGGCCAGUCAGCCUCAGAGGCUUUAGCUCUCCGUGGGGGGUCGGUCCUCCCAUGUCCUCCAACUCUCGAGCUGUUGGACUUAUUCUUUGGCUUUGCUCCAAGAUGGUUCCAGGGAGGAUUAUCUUUCGAUUGUUUGUUAUUGUCCACAGAUGUUGUCUUUCUCUCUGUAGAAUCUGUGCCAUUUAGCUGCGUGUUAGCUUUCUCUUCUCUGCUGAGAUGAGGUAGUGGCAAAGUUGUGUUGUUUCCAUAAAGUCCAUUUACCUCCACGUUCACUUCUAUGUGGCGAACCUUUGUUUCCAGCGCUGUAAUCUUCUCCAAAAGGUCUUGGUAAUCUUUUGUGGAAAGGGAAGGCAUCUUGUUGCUAGUUAGCCUUCUGUUAGCUGCUGCUCCAUAUAUCAGGCUUCAGCUGUGUGAAGGCCACAUACACGUAGUGCUCAAGAUGAAAUGUUUAAAGAGGAAUGCAGGAAAAAAUCCUUUUGUUUAGAGUAAAAAAGAAAAAUAAAUCUGACCCGAUGGUUUAAAAGUAUUCAAAAGUUAUUGCUGGUGUGAUUAAAAAAGAAAAAAAGGAAAAUAAUCAGCGAAAAUUAAAAGCAGAAGGGGGAGCAAAGCAAAGCAAACCCUGCAUACACAAUAAAGAUGGUUUAUCUAAUUCAUUUAUGCUCUAAUGACAGCUGUAGUUUUCAUUUAUGGAGCCGGUUGAAGGUGUGUUUUCUCAGUGUGAAACAGCAACUCUAAGUUUAACAGGUAUCUUUUAUCCAUAAUACAGCUAGCCGGCGAGCACUGUCAGCAGUGAUAAUCAGAAGCCGUAAACAGGUGCCACCCUCUUUGAGCUCACGUCCAAAGGGCAAACUGGUCCAGGGGGUGCAAAUAUAAUCAAACACACUCUUUUGGUUGCUGGCAGUGAUGCGAGCUCCAAACAAAGCCAUGGCAGAGAAUGAGAAAUGCAAGGAUCCUGCAGAGAAGCAAGGGAGACUGACCACAGUCCUGGCGCUGUCCACGCUGAUAUCUGCAUUCGGAUCAUCGUUCCAGUAUGGGUACAACGUGGCGGUGAUCAACUCCCCAGCACCGUACAUGCAGGAGUUUUACAACACCACCCACAUGGAGCGCUACAAGACUGAGAUGGGGCAGAACUUACUGACUCUGUUGUGGUCUCUGUCCGUCUCCAUGUACCCUCUUGGAGGCUUCUUCGGUUCUCUGAUGGUGGCUCCUCUUGUUAACCACCUAGGAAGGAAAGGCACCCUCCUCUUCAAUAACAUCUUCUCCAUCGUACCUGCAGUGAUGAUGGGCGCCAGUGAAGUUGCUAAGUCCUACGAGAUCAUCAUCGUGGCUCGGUUCAUUGUAGGCAUCUGCGCAGGUCUCUCAUCCAAUGUGGUGCCAAUGUAUUUCGGUGAACUUUCUCCCAAAAAUCUGAGGGGAGCUCUUGGCAUCGUCCCAGAGCUGUUCAUCACUAUUGGGAUUUUAAGCGCCCAAGUCCUGGGCAUUAGAAACAUACUGGGCAACAGCGAAGGCUGGCCUCUUAUGCUGGGUUUAACCGGCAUUCCCGCUUUGAUCGAGCUCCUGCUGCUGCCCUUCUUCCCAGAAAGCCCGAGGUACAUGCUCAUCCAGAAGGGGGACGAGAAGAAAGCAAAGAAGGCCUUGCAGCGGCUGCGCGGCUGGGAUGACGUAGAUGCUGAGAUGACAGAGAUGCGUCUGGAGGACCAGUCGGAGCGGGCCGAGGGCCGUCUGACGGUCUUCUCCCUGCUCUCCCAGCGCUCUCUCCGCUGGCAGCUGAUCUCAGUUGUCGUCAUGAACAUGGGUCAGCAGUUGUCGGGGGUCAACGCGAUCUACUACUACGCAGACAGCAUUUACUCUUCUGCAGGAGUAAACGAGAACGAUAUUCAGUUUGUCACAGUGGGAACAGGAGCAGUGAAUGUGGUCAUGGCUGUAGCAGCUGUAAGUGUUUCAAAAAUAAGAGCUCAACGACGCAGAGCUGCAAUCUGA